AUGGAGAUGAACUAUGAUGAAGGGACUCUUCAUCAAAUCGAGGAGGAACUGGGAACAGUCAUCUACCCAGGAACGGAGAUCAUGACCGAUGUGGGCUCUCAUCAUUUUGUGAAAUCAUCCUCCAAAUCCAAUCGGGUGCUGGUGCCUCAGCCAUCGCAAAAUCCUCAUGAUCCUCUGAACUGGAAUCGAUUUUGGAAAAUGAGCGCCAUGACAAUUUCCUCCUUGACAUCUUUCAGUCAGGGUCUGGGCCCUUUGGCAUUGGCUCCUAUGUUCCCGCAGUUGAUGGAGGCAUUUGACUCCGAUUUGGCCGCCGUGGUGCAGUUCACAGGUGUCUGCAUUCUGGUGCUGGGUUUCAGCAAUUUCUUCUGGAUACCCAUUCAAACGUCCUAUGGACGACGACCGGUCCUGAUCUUCUCAACGCUAAUCUGUCUGGUCAGCAAUAUUUGGCGAGCAAUGGCGACCAGUUAUGGCAGCUAUAUGGGCGCUUGUGUGCUCAAUGGAUUUGGCUCUGGUCCUGCAGAGACAUCUCAACCAGAGAUCAUCGCGGAUAUCAUGUUCCUACAUGAGCGCGGUGCGUACAAUACAAUGUACUUUACUGCCUAUUUUGGGGCUCUCAUGGUUGGUCCCAUCAUCGCAGGUCCUAUGGCCGAGCACAGUGGCUGGCGCAGCUUCUUCUGGCUAAACGUCGGCGUCCUCGGAUUGGUGCUCCUGCUUCAGAUCUUCCUUUUCCCCGAGACCAAAUGGCAUCGCGUGCAUCCAGAUGAAGUUGCUCAGGUGGAAUCUCCUUCUGAGUUGGCAAGCGAUGGAUCGGAGACAGAGAAGGCAGUCAAUAUCACUAAGCAAGAGAACGAGAACGCGGAAACUGGCGCGCGCGAUCCUUAUUUACACAAGGGAACCCCAUCAAAGCAACAGUUCAAGCUCUGGCAAUUGGAUGGAAACAACAUCAAGACCCUUCUUAUCAGCUUCUGGAUUCCAUGGAAGCUGUUGACCUUCCCCAUCGUCGAGCUGGCCGCGUUCGUCGUGUCAUGGUCAGCUAGUUGUUUCCUCACUCUCAACCUCACCCAGAGCCAAGCAUUUGCAGAACCCCCAUACAACUUUGGUAGUCAAACGAUUGGUUUCUUCAACUUUGCUAUUUUGGUCGGGAGUUUCAUUGGUUUGGCUACCAACGGUCUUCUUUCGGAUUGGAUCUCCAUGAAGGCUACCCGGAAGAAUCGCGGUAUUCGAGAACCUGAAAUGCGCCUGCCAGCAAUGAUUCCAUAUGUCAUCAUCUCGAUAAUCGGCAAUUUCAUUGUUGCAUUUGGAUACGAGUAUAAGUGGGACUGGAAGAUCAUCGUCUUCAUUGGAUACACUGCAGCAGGCAUCCAGGUUGCAGCCCUUCCGGCUAUUACCAGCACAUAUGCAGUUGACAGCUACAAGCCUGUCGCGGGCUCGAUUUUCGUGGCUAUCACUGUCAAUAAGAACCUCUGGGGUUAUGGCUUCAGCAGAUUCAUCACCGAAUGGGUGGAAGAGAGUGGGUUUGUCAAGCCGAUCAUGCUGAACAUGUCAUUGGCAGCAUUGUGGUGUUUCUGCGCCAUCCCCUUCUACUUUUAUGGCAAGAGGUUCCGGGGAUGGACGGCCAAGUCUUCGGUCCAUAAGAUGUAA